GUUCCCGCGCCGCCGUUGUCCGACGCGCGUUUCGCGAGGCUUUAAUGACGCUAACGAUGCCAUUCUACGCGAUGGCGCAAUCGAGGCGGCUGCUGAUCGCCGCGGUCCUGGCGAUCGUCGUCGCCGACGUGGUACGAGCGGCGCCCGAGUCCACGUGUCUGAAGAGCAACGCGGACUGCGUUCGCAGCUCGGAGUGCUGUUCCGGAUGCUGCCUGGACACCAAGUGCGUCGAAUACGCCGACUCGUGCCAGAGCGACCUUGCGAAGCUGGGCGCGGGCAAGGGCGGACCGUGCGCCAACCUCGACCCGCCGUGCAAGCCGUCCUUCGCGUGCGUGCUCCAGCAAGCGACUUGCGCUCAGGCCCCCUGCAAGCCAGUGCCCACUUGCGUGCCGCCUGAUUACCGCGACGACUACGACUGAAGUCUCAGCUCCACGGACAGGUGCCAGCCACACUUUUGCACUCGACUCUUGUAGAGCCUUGUACAUUUUCUAGAGGAAUAAAUGAUCCUUUGACUUUCAUGGGCGAUCGUGUUUGUUU